CCACCACCACACCACCACCGCCACCCUAUCUUCAACCAACACACCUAUUCUCAACCAACACACACUGCACAACUCAUCGCGCUGCAUGAUACACGCCAGAAACACCACACAGUGCACGUCUUCCGAAGCCGCUGCCGACCGCCAACUCCGCAACCCGCUCGCUCGUCCUCAGUCCUCCAUCCAAUUUGGCCCCAGGCGGCAAACACUCGGCGUCUCUGCGUCGCGUGACUCCGCACAGCACAGGCGUCGGGCAAGUGGCCGUCGGGGGGGAGGUUCUCAGGCUUGCUCCGGCGCGCGGACGCGGCACGGCAGCGGUGGACGCAGGCAUCUGCUGUCAGCACACGAGUCAAGGCUGCUCGCAAGAAGCCUGGGCGGGCGGGAUCCCUUACAGUGAGUCGCUGCAAGGGGGAUUUUGGUAAGUAUCAUACAUACAUACACCUGUUGGACCCCAGUAGCUAUGACGAAUCCAAGACCAAAGGACAGCGUGCCUGUCCUGGCGUAUCUCUCAUCGCAGCCUCUGUCACAAUCGUGUCGUAUGCGCAUCUUUCACAACAACGACAGCAACCUCUCCAUUGCGCUUUAUGUAACAGUAACACUGCAUCGCGCCGCGGAACAGCAGGUCUUUGUCAUGCAGUACGACGCUGACAAUCACCGAGAGAAUCGCCCCGCUGCAUCUCACCCUCCCAUCUCCAAACACAUCCCCAUAGAUCGCCUGGCAGAAUAUGCUCGGCACGUCGAUCCUGAGACCACCACCUUGACCCUGAGUCUCAUGCAACCUGCACCAGUCUGGUGCCCACGAGACCAAAUCAUGGCCCCUCAAGCCAGCGCUGAUUCUGUAGUCGCCUUCGAUGAGCUCGUGGAGCUGGCUAGAGCCACAACCGUUCACCUUGUGUUCGACUACAAGUGGCUCACUGGUGCCGCUCGUGCCGCAGUCCAGCGUCUGAUCAAAGGGAAGUUGGCCCUCCACGGCUUUCCGCUCACCAAGUACUUUGCCAAGACCUGGGAAAGGAAGGACUGGACUCACUUUGCACCCGCGUCUGCCACUGCGCAUUCUCCUACACCAGAGGCUUCGAACAAGCGCGCAAGAUCGGUCUCCGGCUUGUCCACGCCCUCGCCGCCCGCCAAACGCCCGCUUGCCGACAACCCUAUUGCCCCGUCCCCCACCGAAGUCGCCUCCUCGCCGCCCGAGUACGCCAAGCCGGGCUCUGAAGCAGACUACCAGACUCUCGCCAUCCGACGCGUCGUCCUCCGCGAGCUCCCCGCUAUCCUUGCCUCCACCCUUCCCGCCGUCCUUCCUACCAUCUUUGCCGUCCCUGAUUCGGAUAUCAACUGCUUCGCCUCCGAUGCCUCCACAUUUUCAAAACUAGAGCUGACCGCCGCUGGCGCAGCCUUUGUUCCGCAUCUCGUUGCGCAUCUGCAGCCGCAGAUCCAGGACUUGAUGGAACGUGCGAUGAGCCGCACAGGUGAGCAGCGAGAAGCGGCCAUGCUUGAGUUUGAAGAGCACAUUGACGACUUGAGGCUGGGCCUGGUCACAGUCAAGGAGGAUGGCGAGAUGGAGAUGAUGCGGAUGAUUGACGAGAAAACCGAAGGCUUACAACAGGACCUAGAAGACGAAGGCAAUGAUAUCGCGUUCCGUUUUUCUGCAGAGGUAAGCAGUGCAGCGGACGAUAUAGCGAAUGCUGCGGCAGAGCGUUUCAGGCAAAGACUCGAAGCCCUCGAAAGGCAGGCACUGAAGAGUCUCAUCAAGAACGUCAAUGCACAGCCAUUCAGAACACUUGUGGAGUGCGAGCUUGCGCGGCAAUUGGGGCGGCCAGACGUCCGUGGUGAGAGUCGCUCGAGGGGAGUAAGGAAGGCAAAGGGUGGAUGCAGAGCGCAGGGGAGGCGGGAGAGGACGUCGGACCAGCCACUGCGUGCCUGGCAAAAGAGCCACCGGGAUGCAGAAAGGCAGCUCAGGUGGCUUUUGUGUACAGGCCAGGCUCACCCCACCGCAUGAGCAGCUCACAUCUUUCACCCUUCGAGGCCGACCUUCUGACCCCAGUAAGGCACCCAUGGCGGGUCGUCACAGUCGCCCGACCCCAGGAGUCGCCUUCUACAGCUGGGUAAAUGAUCCAAUGCAGUUGUGCAGCCAGAGGGACACCGUUCAUGAGGUAGUGGCAUCAAUCUCUAGAGCAAUACUUUGACCAAUCUUGCGGGAGCCGACGCGCGAAACGCUCGACGAACGGAAAGAAUGCCAGCCAGGAAGAGAUAUCGACCUACAGUCCAAUUGGAUUUGGUGGUGGUUGCAAGGCCUUGCUCGCAAUUUUUUGGACAGUGAGAUACCCAGGUAAAGUCGGUCUGGUCAUUGCGUUCGUAGAUGCAACCAUCAAUUCCC